AGCCACAGUGCCGACUGCCUCGUAUGCGCAAUGGCACCAACCCGAUACAAACAAUAAAUCAAUCAAGGACUCCUUUUCCAUUCAUUCAUUUCCAAAAAUAGCAGCGAAAACAAAAAGCAGAAAAGGAAAAGAUCUGAUCGACGCCUCUGAUUGCAUACAAUUUUUUGUGAUAAUUUUCCGUUCGUUGAUCGAUGGGGUUUAUGGGUGAUCUGACGGCCAGAAUCUCGCCUUCAGCACUCCGGAAAAAGAUGGAAGCCCGGGAUUGAUUUUGAUAGCGAAGAGAAGGAUCUUAGGCUGCUAUUACUUUGUUUCCUUUUGCGGUUUCUUUUUCACUUUUCGAGGCAAAAUGAGGUUCGCGAAGUCUCAGGUCUGGCAACCAUGCAAGAAGAAGAGGUCUUGAUCCGGAAGCUCUAUAGAGAGAGGAAUUCCGAUUCUAGAGAAGUGAAGGAGUUGAGGAAGUGAAGGGGAUUGGAUUGUGGUGGUGGUUACAGCGGGGGAGAUGGCGUCACGGUCGAGCAAUGGGGCAAGGACGCGUGUGGGGAGGUACGAACUUGGACGGACCCUGGGCGAGGGCAAUUUUGCAAAGGUCAAGUUCGCUCGGAACGUCGUGACCGGCGAGAACGUGGCUAUCAAGAUUCUGGACAAGGAAAAGGUCCUCAAGCACAAGAUGAUCGGCCAGAUUAAACGUGAAAUUUCGACGAUGAAACUGAUUAGACACCCAAACGUUAUCCGUAUGUAUGAGGUGAUGGCUAGCAAGACGAAAAUAUACAUUGUGUUGGAAUUUGUUACUGGUGGAGAACUCUUCGACAAAAUUGCAAGUAAAGGGAGGUUCAAGGAAGAUGAAGCUAGAAAGUAUUUUCAGCAACUUGUUAACGCUGUGGACUACUGUCAUAGCAGAGGUGUAUUUCAUAGAGACCUAAAGCCAGAGAAUUUACUGCUGGAUGCUAAUGGAGUUCUUAAAGUUUCGGAUUUUGGAUUAAGUGCCCUACCACAACAAGUUCGAGAAGAUGGUUUGCUUCAUACAACAUGUGGUACACCAAAUUAUGUUGCCCCGGAGGUGAUCAACAACAAAGGCUAUGAUGGAGCAAAGGCAGAUCUGUGGUCAUGCGGCGUGAUUCUUUUUGUUUUAAUGGCUGGCUAUUUACCUUUUGAAGAAUCCAACCUCAUGGCAUUAUAUAAAAAGAUAUUCAAGGCUGACUUCACAUGUCCUCCAUGGUUCUCCUCAAGUGCAAAGAAACUGAUCAAAAGAAUCCUGGACCCUAAUCCCUCAACACGGAUUACAAUUGCUGAGGUCAUUGAGAAUGAAUGGUUUAAGAAAGGAUACAAGCCGCCUAGUUUUGAGCAAGCUGAUGUUAGUCUGGGUGAUGUGGAUGCUAUCUUCAAUGAUAUUGGGGAUUCUGCAGAGCUUGUUGUGGAGAAGCGGGAAGAAGGACCUGUGGCACCCAUCACUAUGAAUGCAUUUGAGCUUAUCUCUACAUCUCAGGGCCUCAACCUCAGUACUCUCUUUGAAAAGCAAAUGGGACUUGUUAAAAGGGAAACAAGAUUCACAUCCAAAUGUCCUGCCAAUGAGAUAAUCUCAAAAAUCGAGCAAGCUGCAAUGCCACUUGGUUUUGAUGUAAAGAAGAAUAACUUCAAGAUGAAGCUUCAAGGUGAAAAAACUGGACGUAAAGGUCAUUUAUCUGUUUCAACGGAGAUUUUUGAGGUGGCACCUUCACUCUACAUGGUUGAGCUUCGGAAGUCUGGAGGAGAUACUCUAGAAUUUCACAAGUUCUAUAAGAGUCUCACUACUGGGCUGAAAGAUAUUGUUUGGAAAACAACGGAUGGAGCAGAUGAAAGAAAAGAAGGUGUUGAUGGUGUUGUGGCAUCUUAAUAAGUGGUUUGCACGGUUGUAUUUUUUUUUUUUUUGGGUGUAACUAUUCAAAGUAAUGUAAUAUGGAUUGCACAGUUGCACUGUUUUUUUAAUUGUGUCGCCCUUCACUUGAUGACCCUAUCAUUGAGAACUUGAUUGUUAGAUACCAAGCCUUUGUUUGGAUUUGUAGACAUUCUGAAUGGUAUCAUUGCAUACUUUCUUCUUCCA